CACCAGAGGAGCCGCAUAGGGGAACGGCCCUACACCUGCUUGGAAUGUGGGAAGAGCUUUGGGUGGAGCUUUGACCUGAGGAAUCACCAGGUCAUGCACACUGGGGAGAAGCCCUACGAGUGUGGGGAAUGUGGGAAGAGCUUCAAUGACCGCUCCAGCCUUAGGAAGCACCAGAGGAGCCCCAGUGGGGAACAGCCCUACACCUGCUUGGAAUGUGGGAAGAGCUUUGGGUGGAGCUUUGACCUGAGGAAUCACCAGCUCAUCCACACCGGCUAGAAGCCCUACAAGUGUCCCGAGUGUGGGAAGAGGUUUCAGCGCAGCUCCACUCUCAUCACACAUGAGCGGAUUCACACAGACGAGAGGCCCUUCCGCUGCCCCGACUUCGGGAAGAGCUUCAACUGCAACUCCACUCUUGUCAGUCACCAGCGCAUCCACACUGGGGAGAGGCCCUACGAGUGUCCCCAGUGUGGGAAAAGCUUCUCACAGAACUCAGCCUUGACCCAACACCAACGGAGGAUGCACACAGGGGAAAAGCCUGGAAAGUGCUUGGAAUGUGGGAAGAGCUUCAAUUGCAGCUCCCACCUGAUCUGGCACCAGAACAUCCACACAGGAGAAUGCCCCAGCGAGUGUGGGGAAUAUGGGAAGAGCUUCAUUGAGAUGUCCAAUCUGAUUUGUCACCAGAAGAUCCACACAGGGGAAAAGCCCUACAAGUGCUUGGAAUGUGGGAAGGAUUUCAGCUACAGCUCCCACCUGAUCCAGCACCAGGUGAUCCACACUGGGGAAAAGCCCUACAAGUGUGGGGAAUGUGGGAAGAGCUUCAGCCGGAACUCCAACCUGUGGAAACACCAGAGGAUCCACACGGGGGAACGACCCUAUGAGUGUGAGGAAUGUGGGAAGAGCUUCAGCUACAGCUCCCACCUGAGGGAACACCAGAGGAUCCACAGUGGGGAACGACCCUAUGAGUGUGGGCAGUGUGGGAAGAGCUUCAGAGAUAUCUCUGCCCUGAUGACACACCAGGUGAUCCACACAGGGGAACGGCCCUACACCUGCUUGGAAUGUGGGAAGAGCUAUGGGUGGAGCUCCAAUCUGAGGAAACACCAGCGCAUCCACAAUGGGGAGAGGCCCUACAAGUGUCCUGAGUGUGGGAAGAGGUUUCAGACCAGCUCCGAUCUCCUCACCCAUGAGCAAAUACACACAGAGGAGAAGCUCUUCUACUGCCCUGACUGCGGGAAGGGCUUCAAGCAAAACUCCAAACUCACCAUCCACCAGCGCAUCCACACUGGGGAGAGGCCCUACGAGUGUCCCCAGUGUGGGAAGAGGUUUCAGACCAGCUAUAGUGUCCUCAGACAUGAGCGGAUUCACACAGAGGAGAGGCCCUUCCGCUGCCCCGUCUGCGAGAAGGGCUUCAAUCAAAAGUCCAACCUCACUGUUCACCGGUGCAUCCACACUGGAGAGAGGCCCUACAAGUCUCCCCAGUGUGGGAAGAGCUGCUCAGACAUCCCAGCCUUGACCUGACACCAACAGAGGCACCAGUAAGGGAAGCCCUGUGAGUGCCUCGAGUGUGGGAAGAUCUUCAUGUGCUGCUCCAGCUCCAUCCCCCAUGGGAGGAUCCAGCUGGAUGAUCCGUAG